AAAAAGAAGAUGAAAACCUGAAAUUCAGCAUUGAGUUUUUACGCCAGUCUCGAUCGUCGACUCUGAACUCUGACUUCUCGUCGCAGUCGGACCCGAAUCUCCAGCCACCGCUCUCCCGGCGGCGGAGGAGGGAAGGAAAAAGCUUCUGAUUUCCUUUUAGCGCGAGCUUGAAUCAACUCAAGCACUUGUUUUGUGCUAGUUUAUACUCUGAAAAUGAUCCGAUUCAUACUGCUCCAGAACCGGCAAGGUAAGACUCGAUUGGCCAAGUAUUACAUUCCUCUGGAGGAAUCCGAGAAGCACAAAGUCGAAUACGAGGUUCACAGAUUGGUUGUGAACAGAGAUCCCAAAUUCACCAACUUCGUCGAGUUCCGGACCUACAAGAUAAUCUACAGGCGAUAUGCGGGAUUGUUUUUCUCGCUCUGUGUUGAUAUAACAGACAAUGAGUUGGCUUAUUUGGAGUGCAUCCACUUAUUUGUGGAGAUUUUGGAUCACUUCUUCAGCAAUGUUUGCGAGUUAGAUUUGGUUUUUAACUUUCACAAGGUAUAUCUGAUUCUGGAUGAGUUCAUUCUUGCUGGGGAGCUCCAAGAAACAAGUAAGAAGGCCAUCAUAGAGAGAAUGGGUGAACUGGAAAAGCAGGAAUGAAGGCUCAUGGCACCCUGUUUUCACUUUUAUCUGGCAUCAACAAUAUAUGGCACCUCUGUUGUCACCAGACUGAAUUUUAUUGAAUACCAUUUACCCAUCUGAUUUUGUCUUUGUGCUUAUUGUAAUUCUGUUUGAUUGCCCAGCAUUUGUUUGCACUUUACAUGUAAAGGAGGUUGAAUACUGAAAUUACAAGUCUUCUGAGUUUUGUAAUCUCAUCUGAAAGAACCAGUUUGCCAAUGCUCACACAAUAUUUGUAUUUUUUAAA